AUGGCUGAUCGGACUCCAAUUGUGCAUUCGUCGACGGUGCCGGGUGGCGUGACGCAGCUGCGGUCGGCGAGCAGCCAGGCUAGUCUGGUCGAGUCUGCGCGGAAGGGCGCCAUCUACGAACGCAGUCUGCAGCGGAAGCGCGGCGAGGUCAGCGAGAGCGUGAUGGCGCUGGUGAUUUGCGAGGCCGUCCAGUACCUCCAGAAGCAGGCCAAGGGCAUUGCGGACCUCGAGGACCGGCUGAACCGCCUGGGCUACCACAUGGGCCAGCGAGUGCUUGAACUCAUCACGCUGCGGGAAGGAAAAUCUGCCAAACGCGAAACCAAGGUGCUGGGCAUCUUGCAAUUCAUCCACACCAUGGUGUGGAGAACGCUGUUCGGGCGCCCCGCAGACGCCCUGGAGCGCAGCACGGAGGAUACCAACCAGUACAUGAUUAUAGACAACGACCCGCUCAUUACGCGGUUCAUCAGCGUGCCCAAGGACAUGGCGCAGCUCAACUGCGCAGCGUUUGCCGCAGGGAUCAUCGAAGCGGUGCUGGACGCCAGUUUGUUCACUGCAAAAGUCACCGCCCACACAAUGGGCACGCCGCAGACCCCGGACAAAACCGUCUACCUGGUUCAGUUCGAAUCGCUCCGCUAG